CACCUAAAUAGAAUGGUCGAUUUUCAGAUUGUGUUUAUGGAGGAAGCGCUUACAGCGUUUUGAUCCAUCGUUAGAAACUUUAGUACUAGUACGUUGCAAGAUAAGAGACAUAAACGACGGAAGCUACGAUCAUGAGCUGGACAGGUUUGUUCGGGGGACGGUCCAGCCAUCCCAACACGCGCACGGUGACGCCUGAACGUCUGCCGCCGCUAGGGGGAGACGACUUGGACGGGACACUACGGAAACUACAGAAAUGCAGGCCUCCCAAGGAACACAUCAAAGCCCUUGAAGACACCUUCCAGCUGCAGUCUGAUGCCAUAGGAAAACUCCGCACAGAAAAUGACCGUCUGGAGACGGAGAACCGCGAGCUUCACCGGCUUCUCCACGACAUCAGGGACUUUGUAGAGUGGAAAUGUCCCUGUCCACACCCACGGUCGUACCAUGCAGUACCACGGCUUGCCAACAGGGGGCGUCCGAGGAGAGACUUUCAGGCCAUUUUCGGCGGCGAGUCCAACUACCCCGUGGACGGAGGGGAGCCCAGGGUUAGUGUUGAAACUUGGAGGGACUGGUUUGACUCUGUGGCAAGGGAACACGGAUCUCCUUGGUAUCAUCCCUAUCCACAGGCAGUGGUACCACAGAAGCCGGAACCACGAAAAAUAAUCUGCUAUGUAAAAGCCGAGGGCCCAUUCCACGGAUCAGAUACGCAGCUCCUGUCAAAACUGAACGAAAGACUAGGGAAACAUAAUGUUGCCAUGGAAACCAGGCCCUGGCAACCGUCGCCACGCCCGGUCUCUGAAGCCACCCUAGUCUUCUGUCUCAACGCGUCACGACUUGGCACAGAUGUGGACAAGGCCUUGAUGGGCACUGAAGGAAACAAUGUUAUCCUCAUCGUGAUGCACCACCGCCCUCCCCACGAUGCCCGCAUCUCUGCCCAAUCACGGUCCGUGCUCCGGGAAGGACAUACCAAACUUAUCGUGGAUGCCGUAUUCUUCGAGCGGGAGGGACUGUAUGAUUGUGAUGUGAACACUGAGGCAGUGAAGGACCUAGCUUUUCACCUACAAGGCUGCUGAGUAUAUGAAAAAAACUGUAGUGCUGUUCCAGAAUUGUAGUGUUUAUAAGGAUAAAUGUCUCCAGUUUAGCAUUAAUUAUCAUUGGAUAUGCAGCUUAUCCUCUGUUUAUAUAUAAUGUUACAGCUAAAUCUAAAUAUAUAAUGUUACAGCUAAAUCUACAUGUACAUGUUCAAUCUUAGUUGAAAUC